AUGUUUGAUUUGGAAAAUGAACUUCCUGAAAAACUUAUGUCUACAGGAGGUUCAUGGGGUGCAAUUGAAAGCAGCAAGCCUUCUAAUGCUGGUCCAGGACCAGGUGCGGGUCCUGCAUCAAGCAUGGGUCCUCCAAUGCAAAAUGGAGCAUUAGAUAUGCCUCAUCACCUAAUGUCACAAGGAACAAAAGGAAUUGUAAAUCAUUUACAAAAUCCUGUUUUAAACACUCCAAGCAGUCAGGGAUUGAUGAAUAGUCAAGGAAUGGUGGGCACAAUGAUUAUGACCAGUAGCCCUCUUAACACCAUGGGCGGUGGACAUGUUGUAACAAACUCAUUAAAUAAACAGCCACUGCCUGGUAACUUAAUGCCUCAGCAGGGUCUUCAUCCCAAUGUAAGUCAACAUCAGCUUCAGAAUGGUCCUAUUCUUUCAGCAAGGGCAGCAGCAAUGCAGGGGCAUUUAGUUAGAGGACCUGGACCUGGUCAAGGUGCAUCAGGUCAUCAUAUAGGCAUAGGGGGGCCACGGCUGCAGGGGCCUGGGCCGGGACCAGGUCCGGGGCAAGGAAUGGGGCCAAUGGGGGUUACUUCUUACACAUUCAAUUCUCAAGGAGUUUUGACUCCUCAACAAAGAGGAGUUCCUGGUAACGUUGUUCAAAUACAGCCUCAGAGGUUUAGUGUUCAGGGUACAAUUGGUGGCCCUUCAGUUGUAAACAAGGAAGGUGGAGCUGUUUCUGCUCAACCUCCAGCUUCAAGUCCGGCUCAGCCUCAAUCUGGAGCUCCUACCGGAACACAACCUGGUCCUCAGCAAGCCACUCAAGGCGGCCCAGGUUUGCAGCAACAACCAACGCAACCAACAUCUAAUGCUGACCCAGAAAAACGAAAAUUAAUUCAACAGCAACUGGUAUUGCUUUUGCAUGCUCAUAAAUGUCAAAGAAGGGAAAGCCAAGCAAAUGGAGAGCAGUGGCAGUGCAUAUUGCCUCAUUGCAAGACCAUGAAAAACGUUCUAAACCACAUGACAACAUGUCAGGCAGGAAAAUCCUGUACCGUCCCUCAUUGUUCUUCUUCUAGGCAAAUAAUUUCACACUGGAAGCAUUGCACUCGUUCUGACUGUCCCGUUUGUUUGCCUCUAAAGCAAGCCGAUAAGAAUAGAAAUAAUGCAAAUGUGAUCUCAAAUCAAGCUGUUGGAAGUCAACAAAAUCCAUCACCAUCGGAUAUGAGAAGAGCUUAUGACGCCUUAGGUAUGCAAUGUCCUAUUACUGGUGGACAGCCAGGACCCCCUGGUGGCUUACUUACUCGCCCUGCUACGCGAAUGGUUUCUACCGAAAUGAAUCAAGCUCCAAUGUCAGGCAGCGUGCGACUUAUGGCACCACAAGUCGUAAAUAAGUCUUACGUGGUUUAUUCGCUUGUAUCUCCAAUAGGUCCCCAAAGUGCAUCUGUUCCUGGAACUGGGAAUCAAGUGGUUGCUCCUAAUGUCAGCCUUCCGCUUAGUAGUGAUCCAACGACUAGUGCAAUGCCAGCCACAACUGCUAGCACUGUAGUUAGUGCUACGCAGCAGGCACAAGCCAUACAACAGACUGUUCAAAACAUUUUCACACUCAACGAUUCUCAAGGGGUUGGAUGUGAUAAUAGGCUAAGUAAUGUUCCGCUUCCUGGGGGGUUAACUACUAGCCAGGUUCAAGCAACUCCUGUUCAGGGAACCAAGGAAUGGCACAUGUCGGUCACUCCAGAUCUUCGUAAUCAUUUAGUUCAUAAAUUAGUGCAAGCAAUUUUCCCCACCCCUGAUCCUAAUGCAAUGCUCGAUAAAAGAAUGCAUAAUCUUGUAGCUUACGCUAGGAAAGUUGAAGGUGAUAUGUACGAAAUGGCUAAUUCACGGUCUGAAUACUACCAUUUACUAGCCGAAAAAAUUUAUAAAAUUCAAAAAGAACUAGAAGAAAAAAGACAGAAAAGAAAAGAGCAGCAAAUGCAGGCGCAAAAUCCUGCUCCCUUAAACGUUCAGCAAAAUACCAUUAGGCCAGGUUUAGUAGGACCAAGGGCUCAGGGCCCUAUUCAAAAUACCGUUAAUCAAACAAUUCGAUCUCAAAGUCCCGGAAUGAAUGUUCAAAUAAGUCGAGUACCAUUUCAACGUAUGGUCGCACCAGGACCAUUUAGUUCUCCUUCUAGUCAGUUCAAUGGACAGCCUAAUAGCCAAUUUGAUAUGAUGAAUACAAGGCUGCAAGGACCAGCAACAUCUCAGUCCCAAGUUAAUCUCGCUACCAAUUCUUCUUUCAAUCAACAAACAUCUCAGUUUCAAUCUUCAAAUAUUAACAAUCCUGCUAGAGUUCCGCCAAUACCCAGUGAAAGUCCUGGUGCUGUCAUUCCUGGAGGUGCUGCUAGUGGAACUUCUUCGACGGUUGUAUCUAGUAACGGCUCUGUCACUAUUCAAGUUCCUUCUAAUUUACUGCAACACCAACCUAAUAGUGUUCCAGUUUCUACACCUCCAUCCAGCGUUCCACCUCCAGCCACUCCUCCUGGGAAUACUACGCCUUCCAAUAGUAAUAUUUUAGCAAGUUUAGGUAAAGGUGGAGGCCAAAGUGAACGUGAUAGAGCAGCUAGAAAUGCAGUAAACUCAAUGUCUUCUCAGAUGGCCGCCAUAACUGCAGCUCUUCAUCAGGAUGAAGAUUCUUCGCCAAGUGAAACCAAAGACAAACUUGAUGCUCUUAAAGAGCGUGAACUUAAAAGAGAACAGGAAGAACAAUCGGGAGGUGAUAUGAGUUGCAGCCGGGAUAGUUCUGGUAAAUGCGGAAGCGUAUCGGAUAUAAAAACUGAAAUUAAAUCGGAAACGAUGGAUGUUGGAAGAGAAGAGUCGACUACCAUUAAAGAAGAACCAAUGACUCCUUCUACUCAAAUGGGAGAAGAUACUAAGCCGAGUUUUAAAAUCGAACCCAUAGCACCUAGUAGUACGGAUAAAAAACCCAAAUGUCCGUGUCCUUGUCUUUUUAAACCUGAUGAACUUAGACAAGCUUUAAUGCCCACGUUAGAAAAAUUGUACCGACAAGAUCCAGAGUCUGUACCAUUCCGGACUAAAGUACUUUGUUGCUACGGAAAACAACUUUGUACCAUUCCUAAGGAUGCAAAGUAUUUUAGUUUUCAAAACAGGUACACAUUUUGCCAAAAGUGUUUUAAUGACAUUCCGGGGGACACCGUGACACUAGGAGACGAUCCAAGUCAAUCUCAAUCGGUAAUUAAAAAGGACCAAUUCAAGGAAUUAAAAAACGAUCAUUUAGAGUUGGAGCCUUUUGUAGCCUGCAGUGAUUGCGGGAGAAAAUUACAUCAGAUUUGCGUGCUUUACAUGGAAGCCAUAUGGCCAAAUGGAUUUACUUGUGAUAAUUGCCUGAAAAAGAAGGGUGCGAAACGUAAGGAAAAUAAAUUCAAUGCCAAAAGGCUUCCCGUGACAAAAUUAGGAACCUACAUCGAAACAAGAGUGAAUAAUUACUUGAAGAAAAAAGAAGCGGGAGCAGGCGAAGUCGCGAUCCGAGUGGUUUCGAGUUCGGAUAAAAUAGUGGAAGUCAAACCGGGAAUGAGAAAUAGAUUUGUUGACAAUGGCGAUCUUCCAGAACAAUUUCCAUAUAGAGCGAAAGCUUUAUUUGCAUUUGAGGACGUGGAUGGAGCCGACGUUUGUUUUUUCGGAAUGCACGUUCAAGAAUACGGUUCUGAUUGUCCGACACCGAACACUAGGCGCGUUUACAUCGCGUAUUUAGACUCUGUACAUUUCUUUAGGCCUAGGCAGUUCCGUACGGCGGUAUAUCAUGAAAUUUUACUAGGAUAUCUGGAUUAUGUAAAGCAAUUAGGUUACACAAUGGCGCAUAUUUGGGCAUGUCCACCGUCUGAAGGUGACGAUUAUAUUUUUCAUUGUCAUCCUGCUGAACAGAAAAUACCAAAGCCUAAAAGACUUCAAGAAUGGUAUAAAAAAAUGUUAGACAAAGGCAUUAUAGAAAGGAUAGUUUUAGAUUAUAAAGAUAUACUAAAACAAGCAAUGGAAGAUAAAUUAAGUUCAGCUGCGGAAUUACCUUAUUUCGAGGGAGACUUUUGGCCUAACGUUUUAGAAGAAAGUAUUAAAGAGUUGGAUCAAGAAGAAGAGGAGAAAAGAAAACAAGCGGAGGCUGCAGAAGCUGCUGCAAAUGAUGCUGGCGAAGGUGGAUCAGAUGGUAAGAAAAAGGGACAGAAAAAAGCUAAAAAGUCAAACAAGUCGAAAGCUAAUCAAAGGAAAAAUAGUAAAAAAUCGAAUACUCCUCAAACUGGAAAUGAUUUGUCGGCUAAAAUAUUUGCCACAAUGGAAAAGCACAAAGAAGUAUUUUUUGUCAUUAGACUUCACUCUGCUCAAAGUGCUGCAAGUUUAGCUCCCAUUCAAGAUCCCGAUCCUUUCAUUAACUGUGAUUUAAUGGACGGCAGAGAUGCCUUUUUAACAAUGGCCAGAGAAAAACAUUAUGAAUUUUCAUCGUUGAGAAGAGCAAAAUAUUCGAGCAUGGCCAUGCUGUACGAGUUACACAAUCAAGGUCAAGACAAAUUUGUAUACACGUGUAAUAACUGCAAAAGCCACGUGGAAACAAGGUAUCACUGCACGCAAUGCGAAGAUUUCGAUUUGUGCGUUCAAUGCUACGACAAAGAGGGACAUCCGCAUAAAAUGGAAAAAUUGGGUUUCGAUCUCGAUGACGGUUCGCCCGUCGAGGGUCAAAAGGCCAAUCCGCAAGAAGCUAGAAAAUUGUCCAUUCAGAGGUGUAUUCACUCAUUGGUUCACGCUUGUCAAUGUCGCGAUGCUAAUUGUAGGUUGCCAAGUUGUCAGAAAAUGAAGAGGGUGACGCAGCACACAAAAGUUUGUAAGAGAAAAACAAACGGUGGUUGUCCCAUUUGUAAGCAGCUUAUUGCUCUAUGUUGCUACCAUGCGAAACAUUGCCCUGAACAAAAAUGUCCGGUACCUUUCUGUCUAAAUAUUAAACACAAAUUAAAACAACAACAACUUCAACAUAGGUUACAACAGGCUCAAUUAUUAAGAAGAAGAAUGGCUGUUAUGAAUACAAGAGCGAAACCGACUUCAACUCCAUCCUCUCAGGCUGUAAGUUUUCUCACAUUGCCUUUCUUAAAUAAAACCCGGAAUAGAAAUUUAAUUAGUGGGCAAAACGUAAUGCUACCCAUGCAAUCACCUCAUCAAGGAAUCGGCUUAAAGCCCGGGGCACAAACUCCUCCGCCAAAUGUACUUCAAGUCGUCAAACAGGUUCAGGCCGAAGCGGCGAGACAGCAAGCGCCGCAUGGGAAUUUCGGAAAAGUUAAUCCGCCUCAGGCUGUCAUGCCGCCUCCAAUUCAACAACGUAUAAGCAAUAUAGGUCAACAUUUAUUACCAAUGGAUCAAUGGACGCCGAGGUAUCCCAACAAUACUCAGCAACAGCAGCCGCAGAAUAAUAUCGGUCCCGGAAUUAGGCAACCCGGACAACAAGUAAUGCCUCAACAACCAGUAGUACCGCAACAACAAGUACCUCAGCAAGCUCAAGCGCAGCAACAACAGCCUCCUCCUCCGCCUCAACAACAGCAAAUGAUGGUCGGCCUUCGUCCGGGAGGAGGGGCUGGAUUACCACCCGGUUCUCAGGUUCAAGUCGCCGGAGGUGGAACAAUGCCAAAACAAGCUCUUCAACAAUUGUUGCAAACGUUAAAAUCGCCAAACACGCCUGACCAACAACAGCAAAUUUUACAGAUACUUAAGAGCAAUCCGCAAUUAAUGGCAGCUUUUAUUAAACAAAGGCAAACGUAUCAACACCAAAUGCAGCAGGGUCAAAACCCUCCUGGACCAAUGACGAAUGCUCAGGGUCCAUCAUGCUCAAAUCAAGGUAGCCCUGCCAUGAAUAAUCCUCAAUUACAGCACAUGUUAAGUCAGCAACAGCAGCAUCAGAAUAGGUUACAAAUGCAAAUGCAAAUACCGGGCCAGCAAAUGGCGCAACAAAAUCCUCAACAACAACAACAACAACAACAAGGACAGCAACAAGCUCACUGGUACAAACAACAAUUAUUAGCAAUGACUCAGCGUCAACAGCAGCAGCAGCAGCAACAACAAUUCCAGCAACCGCCCGGAUACCCACAAAGGUUGCCUGGGAUGAGGCCUCAAAUGAAUUACGGUGGUCCCGGGUACAAGCCGACUCCACCUCCCGUUCCGUCCCCGCAAGGAGUCAUGGGCCCUCCCGGCUCGAAUCUUGUUCAGCAACAACUCAUGUCCGUCAGGUCUCCUCCUCCGAUACGUUCGCCUCAACCGAACCCGAGUCCGCGACCCGUGCCGUCUCCGCGUAAUCAACCCGUGCCGUCGCCCCACCACGGCCCCAUGUCUUCGCCUCAUCACGAGUUGGGCGGCGAAAUGCUCGGACUCACACAACUCGCGGGGGGUCAACCGUCGCAUCAUAAUUCCGCCGGCGGACCCCCGUCGAAUCCUCCGUCGCAGGAAAACGCGGAUGUGACUCCGAUGACUCCUCAGGACCAACUGUCAAAAUUUGUUGAACAGUUAUAG